AUGGACUUUUCCGGUCCAAACCAGCCAAACUCACCCCCGCCGCCCUCUUCCCCUCGGGAUGAUCCUAAUGGGCACCCUUCAAGCCUGGUUCCAGGCGGCGACUCUGCCCAUCCCAUCAACCAUCCCAACGCCUAUCCCCCUGGCAGCUCUGGUCAAGACGCAAAUCACAACAACAUCUACGCCAUUGCCAACUCUGUCCAACACGCAAACCAACCCUUCGCCAGUCAUGCUGAAGGCUCUGCUUAUCAGACAAACUAUCCUACAAACCAUCCCAACGCCCUUCCUGUUGGCUCUCCUGUCGCCCCUCCUGGGCCUUUUAUGAGCAGCCCCAACGCCUACCCAGCGGGCUGGCCAAAGCCUGCAUACCGCCAGCCUCUUGUGGACGUUGACAACCUCCCUGAGUUGGUGACGCAGCCUCCUUCGUACUUCCAUCACGAUGAUAAAGACCAGGACGAAGACUUGGAGGGAGGUGCAAACCAAACUGGCCGCCAGACCGCAUCCAGCGCCAGAGAGCGUCUCAGCCAGAUCCUGCCCUCCACCCGUGCCAACCGCCGCGUCGCUUACUUUGUGGUCCCGAUCCUCAUCCUGCUGCUCGUCACCGGCGCCGUCCUCGGUGGCCUCUUUGGCAGCGGCGUUUUGCAAAACAAUGGCUCGGGCUCCUCAGACUCAGAUGCAUCGGCCCAAGAACACAGCCUGGACGGCGACUCCAACGUCCAGAUCCGAGCCACCUCCCAGCUCGCCGCCGCAGUCGUCGGCACCUCAGUCUCCAGCUUCACGCUCGUCCUGUUCCAGAACGCCGACGGCGAGCUCGCCUCCAUCGAGUGGCAGGGCUCCAAGGGCGACGUCUACCUCCUCAAGAACCGCUUCGGCGACGCGAAGCCCCCCAAGCCCAUGGAGCACUCCCCCUUCCACACCGUCACCCUCGGCCCCAGCGGCGACCUGCACGUCUUCUACUUCGACGACGCCCUGCGGCCCGCCCACAUCGUCCGCCGCGUCAGGAACAAGGAGCCCGUCUCCUGGGAGCGCGGCUCCCUCGUCGUCAGCUCCCAGCCGGACCUGAUCCCCUCCACCACGCUCGGACUCUCCGUCGCCUCCUUCUCCUCCGACUGGCCGGGCGUGGAGGAGGACUGCGUCCUCCUCGCCUACCACACGGGAGCGGCCAACGACUCCCUCGCCCUCGUGACGAGCACCCAGCCCGACGACCCGCAGUCCUGGACCGCCCAGUCCUUCGCCCUGGGCGUCGGGGACAUGGGCCUCGAGCUCCAUCCCGAGUCCCCGGGCCUCCUGGUCAUGCCCUUCAACAGGCGCGGCUCCCCGGGUCUCCGCAUCAUCUGGGACGUCGAUAACUCGUCGCACAAAUCCACCUUUGGCAUCCUCGACUGCUUCUUCACCAAGGAGCACAAGCUCGAGAAGUGCAACACGGUUUCGAACCAGUGGGAAGACACCGCCGCCGAAGAGGAAGUCCUCGAGAUGGCCAAACCGCUCCGCCUGGCCUCCCUCCGCGUCGAGACCGGCGACGACGACAAGACCCAGUGGCCCGCCGACCGCUACGUCGUCCGCGUCCUCGACGCGCGCGGCAGCCUGACCGAGCUCCUCUGGCGCAGGAACAAGUGGACGAGCCACCUCGCCGUCACCAACGAGACGGCCACCUUCCCCCCCGGCAACGGGACCGCCAACUUCACCAGCGUGGCCUCCCCCAACGACGGCCUGCUCUACGCCGUGUCGGGGGGCAAGCUGCUCGAGUUCUCCCGGGAGACGGCGUGGUGGACGCAGGCCGACAACGAGAUCAAGGAGGUCCCGGCGUGGAAGUUCCUUGACGAGGUCGACACCGAGUUAUCCGAGGACUAG